CACCACCUUUUCCCGCACAUAAAUAAUUCAUGCUAUCCUCACCAAAUCUGUGCUGGGCACCCAAUUGAAGCUCUGAAGUCACAGCCUUGAAAUCACCUGGAAGGGAAACUCAGAGGAGAGAAUUGCAGAAGGAAAUGGACUUGAUCCUAAACUUCUCGGUGGAAACCUGGGUUCUCUUGGCUCUCAGCCUGGUGCUUCUGUAUCAAUAUGGGACCUAUCACCAUGGACUUUUUAAGAAGCUUGGAAUUCCUGGGCCUAAACCUCUGCCUUUCUUUGGAACUCUUUUGGCCUACAGAAAGGGUAUAUGGAAAUUUGAUACAGAAUGCUAUAAAAAGUAUGGAAAGAUGUGGGGGUUGUAUGAUGGUCAACAGCCUGUGCUGGCCAUCACAGAACCAGACAUGAUCAAAGCAGUUCUAGUCAAAGAAUGUUAUUCUGCGUUCACAAACCGGCGGUCUCUUGGUCCAGUAGGAUUUAUGAAAAAUGCCGUCUCCCUAUCUGAGGAUGAAGAAUGGAAGAGAAUUCGAACACAGCUAUCUCCAACUUUCACCAGUGGAAAACUCAAGGAAAUGUUCCCCAUCAUUAAGCAGUAUGGAGAUGUGUUGGUCAAAAACCUGAGAAGUCGAGCAGAGAAAGGCAAGCCUGUUGACUUGAAAGAAGUCUUUGGGGCCUACAGCAUGGAUGUGAUCACUGCAACGUCAUUUGGGGUGAAUGUUGAUUCCCUCAACAACCCAGAGGAUCCAUUUGUGGAAAAAGCCAGGAAGCUCUUAAUAUUAGAUCUUUUUCGUCCAUUGCGUCUCUCAGUAGUACUCUUUCCAUUCCUCACUCCAGUAUAUGAGAUGUUACGUAUCUUUAUUUUUCCAUGGGAUUCAUUGAAAUUUUUCACAAAAUUUGUAAAACAGAUGCAAGAAAAUCGCCUGGAACCUAACCAGAAGCACCGAGUGGAUUUUCUUCAGCUGAUGAUGAACUCCCAGAAUUCUAAAGACACCGAGUCCCACAAAGCUCUGUCUGAUGUGGAGAUCUUGGCACAAUCAAUUAUCUUUAUUUCUGCUGGCUAUGACACCACUAGUAACACUCUUUCUUUCAUUAUGCAUAUGUUGGCCACUCACCCUGAUGCCCAGAAGAAACUGCAGCAGGAGAUUGAUACAACCUUGCCCAAUAAAUAAGAAGAACAAGGAGAACGUUGACCCUUACAUAUACAUGCCCUUUGGGAAUGGACCCAGGAAUUGUAUCGGCAUGAGGUUUGCUCUCAUGAACAUGAAACUUGCUCUCAUCCGAGUCCUGCAGAACUUCUCCUUCCAACCUUGUAAAGAAACACAGAUCCCUCUGAUAUUAGCCACAGAAGGUAUUCUUAAGCCGAAGAAACCCAUUAUUCUGAAGGUUGUGUCAAGAGAUGAGACCAUAAGAGGAGCCUGAUGUUCCCUAGGGGCUUUUGCUGUACUCUUUAGGGAGACUUUAAUUUACUAUUGAAUAAAAGCCAGAUGAAGAUGAGAUUAAUAAACUGCUCUUGAAGAAUUA